GUGUGUGUGUGUGUGUGUGUGUCUUUGGUUCCUCUCUUCCUGGGAAGAACAGGGCCUGGCCUGUCUCCUGUUGUCCCUGCUGCCCUGACUUGUUCUUUGCUGCCUUUUUCUUCUCCUUUCUCUCUCUGCUAGGCUUCUUGCCUUCUGAUACUACUUGAAGUAUGGAGACUAAUCAACCUGUACAGCUCUCAUCGGAAGCACAGCCAACCCCUCCAGGGGAGAGCUCCUCAUCAUUACCCAGUCAAAAUGGCGUGGGGAUGACAGAUGGCCAGGAUUCCCCAACUUUUCUCCAAGCAUCAGAGAAAGAGGCAAGUGUGCAGCCUGAGAAAGGAGCUCAUGAUAUCUCUGAAGAGUUGAAUCGACAACUGGAAGACAUUAUAAACACAUACGGGUCUGCUGUGGGCACAGCAGGGAAAGAGGAUCCUGACAGUGCCAAGGAGCAGGCUGAGAAUGCAGAAUUGCCCAGCAAUGAGGAUGGGGACUGUGAGGAGACCACAGAAGUGACUGAAAGGGAGCCCACUGCUCCUGGAGAGCCAUCUGCAGCCAAAGAGCCUAUCAGCAAUAAAGAGCAGAAACUGGAAAAGAAAAUACUAAAAGGAUUAGGCAAAGAAGCCAACCUCCUAAUGCAAAAUCUGAACAAGUUGCACACACCUGAAGAAAAGCUUGAUUUUUUAUUCAAGAAGUAUGUGGAGUUGCUGGAGGAACAUCGCACUGAGCAAAAGAAGUUAAGACUCCUACAGAAGAAACAGGUCCAAGUCCAAAAGGAAAAGGACCAGUUACAGAGUGAACACAGCAGAGCCAUCCUCGCCCGCAGCAAACUGGAGAGUCUGUGCCGGGAGCUGCAGAGACACAACAAGACUCUGAAGGAGGAAACCCUUCAGCGGGCACGCGAUGAGGAAGAGAAGAGGAAGGAGAUCACCAGUCACUUCCAGAGCACCCUGACCGACAUCCAGGCCCAGAUUGAGCAGCAGAGCGAGCGGAAUAUGAAGCUGUGUCAGGAGAACACAGAGCUCGCAGAGAAGCUGAAGAGCAUCAUCGAUCAGUAUGAGCUCAGAGAGGAGCAUCUGGACAAAAUAUUUAAACACAGAGAACUGCAGCAGAAGCUGGUGGAUGCAAAGCUUGAGCAGGCGCAAGAAAUGAUGAAGGAAGCAGAGGAGCGACACAAUCGAGAAAAGGAAUACCUCCUGAACCAGGCAGCAGAGUGGAAGCUUCAGGCCAAAGUGCUGAAGGAGCAAGAGACAGUCCUGCAGGCUCAGCUUACUCUCUACGCUGGGAGGUUUGAAGAGUUCCAGAGCACGCUGACAAAAAGCAAUGAGGUGUUUGCCACUUUCAAACAGGAAAUGGAUAAAACAACUAAGAAAAUGAAGAAGUUGGAAAAAGACACAGCCACCUGGAAAGCCCGCUUUGAGAACUGUAACAGAGCUCUCUUGGACAUGAUUGAAGAGAAAGCACUAAGAGCGAAAGAAUAUGAAUGCUUUGUGAUGAAAAUUGGGAGGCUGGAGAACCUCUGUCGUGCUUUACAAGAAGAGAGAAAUGAACUCUACAAAAAAAUUAGAGAAGCGAAAAUGCCUGAAAGGGAAGACCAAAGUCAGUACCCCUCUGACGAAGAGCCGGAGUCAAGUGUAUCAGAGAAUGAAGCGGUCAAUGCAGAGAAGGCCAAGAGUGUCCAAGAGGCUGUGAAAACUCUGGCCACAGCCUUCAUGGUAAUUCAUCAUCCACAGUCUGCCCUUGACCAACCCAAAGAGCUCCCACCAGAACUAGGCAGCCCUCAGAGAGGCAGUGACACUAUCCUCAAGGAGCCAGAACAAUCCCCUCUGUUUCCUUCAUUCGAAUCAGAGCGUCCCCCUCCUCCCCUAACUCCUCAGGCUCAGGCUGAAGGAGGCAAUGAGGCAGAACCUCUCCCCAAGACCAGUGACCCCCAAGCUGGGUCAGAAGCAGAGGCCUGUAGUGAGACCCUCCCCACUGGAGCACAGGCUGAUCAGCAAUCCCAGAAGCCAGAGGCAGAAACAUCCAGUCAGACCCCACUGCCCCCAGCCCAGGCCUCCCUACCAAGGGUGGAGGCAAAGGAAGGUGCUCUAGCACUGCCCGCAGGUGAGGAAGUUUUAGCUGGGGUGCCUGGGUGUGAGCCUAGCAGGCAGCCCCCACCACCAGCAGCCGGGGGCCUGCCAGCAGAGUCUUCAGUGGGGCCCCAGCUGUCCAGAGUGUCUGACACCAACCUGGAGGAAGUGGACUAG